AACCCCGGGCCCGGACUUGGCUCAAGUGGCAGCUCUCAGCGCAUCCUGUUCUCUCUUUCUCUCUCUAGGGUUUCGUCGGGAAGAGUCAGCGAGAGUCGACAGAACCCGAAGCGCGAUUCGAACUGCCUGAGUAGGCCAAUGGAGGAUGAAACUAAUGCCAAGAAAGAAGAGGAGGAAUUCAACACAGGACCUCUCUCUGUUCUGAUGAUGAGUGUCAAAAAUAAUACACAGGUGCUUAUCAAUUGCAGGAACAACAAGAAGCUACUUGGCCGUGUAAGAGCUUUUGAUCGCCACUGUAACAUGGUUCUUGAAAAUGUUAGGGAAAUGUGGACCGAGAUACCCAAGACAGGCAAGGGAAAGAAGAAAGCACUUCCAGUCAACAAGGAUAGAUUCAUCAGUAAGAUGUUCCUUCGAGGGGACUCUGUCAUCAUUGUACUCAGGAAUCCCAAGUGAGGAUCUGAGAUUCGAUGAGGGAAUGGCAUGUCACGUAGUGCAUAUUAUCAGGUACUGAUAAGUUUGUAUGGUAAGAGAAGGAUGUCUGGAACUGUUAGCUUGCUUUGGGGCUGGCUAGAAGAUAAAACAAACUUUUAAUGUGCUGAAUCUUUUUUUUUAUGUACUGUGUUGAAUACAGUAGAUGAGAGUGGACUCUGAGAUCAAAA